UGGAAGAGUGCUAACAGUGAUUUUGCUAAAUAUUUCAGCCCUGUUCCAACAAUAUCUUGGAGGAAAGUUAAUGGUCAUAAUCCAAGUAAAGCUCGCUUGAGAAAAUCCCAAGCUGUGCUUGAAAUACCUAAUGUGCAGCUAGAGGACGCGGGAAUGUACGAAUGUAAGGCUGAAAACUCUCGUGGAAGAAACGUCUUCAGAGGACAACUACAAGUGUACACUUACCCACAUUGGGUGGAGAAACUUAAUGAUACUCAAUUAGACAGUGGAGAUCAGCUCAGAUGGGAAUGUAAAGCCACUGGAAAGCCAAGGCCAACAUAUCGUUGGCUGAAAAAUGGAGUUCCUCUCUGGCCACAGAGCAGGAUUGAGAUGGUUAAUGGUGUUCUGAUGAUCCACAGUGUUAAUCUCUCAGAUGCUGGAAUGUAUCAGUGCUUAGCAGAAAAUAAGUAUGGCACCAUUUAUGCCAGUGCUGAGCUGAAGAUUUUAGCUUCAGCUCCCACUUUCCCACUAAAUCAAAUGAGGAAAACAAUAAUUAUUACCAAGGGCCAAGAAGUUGUCAUUGAGUGCAAGCCACAAGCCUCUCCAAAGCCAACUAUCACUUGGAAGAAAGGAGACAAAGCAUUAAGGGAGAGUAAAAGGUCAGAAGCAUUUCUG